AUCCCUUUUAUAAGGUUAAAGCCCAAAGGCAGAGCAUAAACCACAACCUCCUACACUCUGUUUUCUUCAAUUCAAAUUUCUCUCUUCACUUCUUCACUAUUUUUAGAGUUCAAUGGAUGAUUCUUACUCAUUGAAAGCCUGUAGAACUCAUUUACCAGAAAGCCCAAGAGCUCCCAUGGAGUUCCUCUCUCGCUCAUGGAGUGCCUCUGCUCUUGAAGUCUCAAAAGCUUUAGCCCCUCCUCCUUCAAUGCCUAUGCCCGUGCCUUUGCCUCCAAAAUCCGCUAGUGGGUCUUCCUGUACGACUUCGUCUAUACCCGAAGACGUCACCGGCGAGUUCGAAGAGUUCCCUGUUCUUCACGGCAAUGGAAAUCACUUCUCUUUCUCUUCUUCCGCUACUUCUCAGCUCGUGCUUGAUCGCAUUAUGUCACAGUCCGUCAGAGAGGAAGUGUCGCCGUUGACGUCCGGGAGGCUUUCACAUAGCAGCGGACCUUUGAACGGUGGGUCUUUGACGGAAACAGAUAGCCCGCCGGUGUCGCCGUCCGAUGAAUUCGACGACGUCGUUAAGUUCUUUAGAGCAAAUCACAGCAUUCAGUCCCUUUUCACAAAUGGCCGUGCCAGUGCCGGCAAUGUUGGCGGAACUACAGGCGGUGGAUCAAAGACGGUGGGGAGAUGGCUGAAGGACAGAAAAGAGAAGAAAAAAGAAGAACACAGAGCCCACAAUGCCCAACUCCACGCUGCUGUUUCGGUUGCUGCAGUAGCUGCUGCAGUGGCAGCUAUUGCAGCAUUCCAGGCUGCUUCUUCUUCAUCAAAGAAGAACGAACAUUCCGCAAAGACCGACAUGGCGGUGGCCUCAGCCGCCACCUUGGUGGCUGCUCAAUGUGUUGAGGCAGCAGAGGCAAUGGGGGCUGAAAGAGACCACCUUGCUUCGGUUAUUAGCUCUGCCGUUAAUGUCAGAUCUCAUGAUGAUAUCUCUACUCUUACUGCUGCAGCAGCCACAGCUCUACGAGGAGCAGCAACACUAAAGGCAAGAGCAUUAAAGGAAGUAUGGAAUAUCUCAUCAGUAUUACCAGUGGAGAAAGGAGUACCAAUGGGUGUUAAAGGCAACAACAUUCAUCAUUCCAACGAUGGUCAUAACCAAGAACCCGACCUUCAUCAACCUGAGAAUUUCCUCUUCGCUCACACUCAAGAUUUCCUCGCUAGAGGUACCGAGCUCCUCAAGCGCACCCGAAAAGGGGAUCUUCACUGGAAAAUAGUAUCUGUUUACAUUCACCGCACUGGGCAGGUGAUGCUGAAGAUGAAGAGCAGACAUGUUGCCGGAACAAUCACAAAAAAGAAGAAGAACGUGGUGUUGGGUGUAUGCAAGAACGUACCGGCAUGGCCAGGACGACACUUGUUCGAGGGAGGAGAACAGCGGCGUUACUUCGGAUUGAAGACAGAAAUGAGAGGCAUAGUAGAGUUUGAGUGCAGGAGUCAAAGAGAAUAUGAUCAGUGGACACAAGGCGUUUCAAGGCUUCUUUCAAUGGUAGCUGAUUCAAAGAACAGAUAUUAGGAAUGUUUUAAUGUAUUAUCUCUUUUGUGACUUAGAUAGUUCGUAGUUUAGUUGAAGGUGGUUAGUUCCAAUACUCUGACCCGCUCUUGAAAGAAUGUACACAGGGAAAGGAGGGGAGGGGCCAGGGGAGAUCUGAAUCACAAUAAAAACCAUCGUUUUGGUUAGUAUAAUUCUUAAGAGAGCUGGGAAUUGUGAUCUCAGAUAUCAAAUAUGUGAAGUUGAACAUUGCUUGAAUCCAA